AUGGCUGCAAAUAUUUACAUAAACACUCCUACAAUGUUCGCGUUUGGUUUAAUAUUGUUCUCAAUUUUAACCUUAAUUUCUAUCUUUCGAAAUUACAUACGGCGUUGGUUCCUAUCGUUUCAAUUUGAAGGACCACCCGCGAUAUUUAUCCUUGGUAACGUCCAGGUGGCUAAAAGAUGGCAGCCUGAAGAUUUAGUUCAGUUACUUUACGAUAUUUCUGAGAAAUACGGAGCUACUUUCCGCAUCUGGAUCGGAACCGAAUUGAAUAUUUUCACGUCUGAUUGUAAAUUCAUUGAAAGUGUACUUAAUAGUAAUGGCCUUAUCACUAAGGCUCAUGAAUAUGAUUAUCUGAGACCAUGGAUACAUGAUGGGUUGCUGCUAAGUUCAGGAAAAAAGUGGCACGACAGACGCAAAAUAAUUACGCCUGCUUUUCACUUUAAGAUCCUAGAAGAAUACGUACGUAUUUUGAAUAUUCAAACCAAUGAGUUAGUUCUCAGUCUUCAACGGUCCCUCGACAGGGACGCGUUCGAGAAUAAGGAAAAUGUCGACUUGGUUGAAUUUAUUGCACUAUGUGCCCUGGAUAUAAUUUGUGGUAUGUAUCGUAGUUAA